AUGGGGUUGAAUGCAAUUUUCACUCUGUUCUUCAACAAUGUCGUUGAUAGUGGUGCUUCACUUGUUGGUCUUCCUCUAAAUUCUAAUAUAGAUUCUGCUUCCAAUCCAAACUCCAAUUCUAAUUCCAAUUCAAACUCAAAUCCAGACUCUGCCUCAAACUCUGCCUCAAACUCUCAAAAUGCUGCCAACCAUCUGGAAACUCAUCGCAAAAUGUAUUCAAGACCUUCACUAGGCCUCUUCCUAUUCGGUCCUUUAGUUCCAGCUCCUGAUUGCAAAAAUUGCAUUUUAUUUCUAUCCUCUUUACAAUCUUUAAUCGGUCUAGGUUUUAUAACAAUUGGUAGAAAUUUAUAUAAAAAAAACUUAGUAAUUAAUAAUUACCAAAAAAGGUUCUUUCCAAGACUAAUUAAAUACACAAAUUAUCUGGUUGGUUCUUCUUUAAUCUUGUUGUCGUCUCUAGAAUAUUAUAGAACUUUUAUAUCCUCCUACGAUGCUUACAUUGAAGACUUUAAAAAUUAUAGAGCUCGCUGUUUAAAAUUAAAUUCUCUCAUAAGUAACGAUAUCAAUCACCCAAAUUACGAAAUCUUCAACUCUUGGUUUGGUCCUUUAAGUUAUAAACCAAUUCCAUUUGACGAAUAUCUACUUCGAAUGGAAAAUUGGAUGAAUGUAUCAAACUACAUCUUGCAAGCAAACCGGAAAAAGAUCAUCCCAAUUUUGUUCCCAAAAGUCCUAGAUAAUCAAAUCAUCAAAAUUCCUGAAGGUGAAGACAUUUACUCAAAUUCCUUCUUAAAAGAAAGAAUCAAUCUUUUAAAAACCCAUAUAAACUCAAAUGAUAAAAAAAGUUUGAAUAUCUUCAACCUAACUAAUAGCAUCCUACUAAAUUUUCCCUUGGGUGUUUGGACUUCUUAUUCGGCUUUUUUAAAUAAUCCAAUUGAUAACUAUUAUAACCUAAAACUCAUAAACAAUAAUUUUUAUAAACUGUUUCUCGAUCAGCCAUUGACCUAUAUAAAUAACCAUCCGACUGUUAAAGAAAUCCAUCAACUCCAUAAUGAAUUAAUCGACAGAGAACCUUUGGAAUUUAAUGAAAAAAUCAUUGAAUUAUUGAAAAAUAACUUUGAUACUUUUUGGGAAAUUCAUAAACCUUCUGAUGAAUUAUUAGACGAAAUAUCAUAUAAAGUGCGAUUAAUUCCAAGAUCUCCAGUUUAUAAUUAUGUAAACAACCCAACCGAUGAAAAUGGCAAUAAAUCCCAUUCCGAAAAUUCAAUAGAACUUAAUAAUAAUAAUAAUAAUAAUAAUCAUAAUAAUAAUAAUCAUAAUUAUAAAAAUGAAAUAAAUGCAAAAAUCAUAGAAAUAAUAGAUAAUAAGGAUCAAGAUCAAAACCAAGAUCAAAAUCAAGAUCAAAAUCAAGAUCAAAACCAGGAUGAAAAUCAAGAAUAA